AUAUAGAGCACGCGUCGGUUGAACUUACAUAUUAGCCAUGGCUUGGUCGCCGCUGAUGAUUAAGUACCUAGCAUUCCUGUUUAAUUUUCUCUGCGCGGUGCUGGGAAUCGCCACUAUCGUGAUCAAUGUAAUAGCAAUUGACAAAAUAGCCCCAAAGGACCAACUCAUUCUGGGCAUGUACAUCGCCGUCGGUUCGAUCGUCUUCUUGCUGUCCUUCUUUGGCUGUUAUGGAGCCGUAAAGGAGAGCAUCUGCGUAACUUGGUCGUACGCCAUCUCGAUGCUGGUCAUGCUGAUUAUCUCGAUAGUCCUGCUCUUCGUUUUCCGCAUGCAUUUCGAUGAGGCCUCCCUCACCAAAUUGCAACAGGCCUUUGGAAAGCAGACGAAUACUUACGAUGCAAUGGCUGAGUACCAAAAGCAAUACAAAUGCUGUGGCAUCUAUAAACUUAAGGACUACUUAGAUGCCUCUCUAACCGUUCCGAGUAGCUGCUAUGAUGAAAAUGAUUUCCUCUACAAAGAUGGAUGCCUAACCGAAAUGGAGACCCAUCACGAGGAGCUUUUAAAGGGUCCAAAGAUGGUCGGCUGGAUGCUAAUGGUCAUUGAGAUCGGUGCUUUUACUUUCACCACCAUCUUGGGCGUUACUUUUCGGAACGAACAGCGACGCUCUGCCUACUGAAGAAUCUUAGCAAUAUAGAAGUGUUUGUAAAUAUAUGUUUAUAGUGGUUAAGCAAAUGUAAUGAUCCGCUCUUUUGAUACCUAAAUAUAAAGUUAUUAUAGAAA